GCAGCAGCGGCUGGAGAGCGACUUGCGGGGCGUGCCCGCCGCCACGGACCGGGACGCUUCCCUUCGGGGAUCUUCGGCCGACUCCCUCAGCCGCAGCGUCCUGCCGAAGCCUGCGGGACCCCGCGGGACCCCAGGCCAUCAGGGAGCGCCGGCGACGGCCGCAGCACCAUGAGGCGGCCCUGGGGCGCGCUGUUGCUUGGCGUCCUUCUCUGCGCCCACGGCCUAGCUGGCAGCCCCGAGUGUACUUGUGGUCGGAACCACUUCACGUGUGCAGUGAGUGCCCUCGGCGAGUGUACCUGUAUCCCCUCCCAGUGGCAAUGUGAUGGAGACAACGACUGCGGGGACCACAGCGAUGAGGAUGGAUGUAUGCUGCCCACCUGCUCCCCUCUUGACUUUCACUGUGACAAUGGCAAGUGCAUCCGCCGCUCCUGGGUGUGUGAUGGGGACAAUGACUGCGAGGACGACUCGGAUGAACAGGAUUGCCCCCCCCGGGAGUGUGAGGAGGAUGAAUUCCCCUGCCAGAACGGCUACUGCAUCCGGAGCCUGUGGCACUGCGAUGGUGACAAUGACUGUGGUGACAACAGCGACGAGCAGUGUGAUAUGCGCAAGUGCUCUGACAAGGAGUUCCGCUGCAGUGAUGGAAGCUGUAUUGCUGAGCACUGGUACUGCGAUGGUGACACUGACUGCAAAGAUGGCUCUGACGAGGAAAGCUGUCCCUCAGCAGUGCCAGCGCCCCCCUGCAACCUGGAGGAGUUCCAGUGUGCCUACGGCCGUUGCAUCCUUGAUAUCUACCACUGUGAUGGCGAUGAUGACUGCGGAGACUGGUCGGACGAAUCUGACUGCUCCUCCCACCAGCCCUGCCGCUCUGGGGAGUUCAUGUGUGACAGUGGCCUGUGCAUCAACGCAGGCUGGCACUGUGAUGGUGAUGCAGACUGUGAUGACCAAUCUGAUGAGCGCAACUGCACCACCUCAAUGUGUACAGCAGAACAGUUCCGUUGUCGGUCAGGCCGCUGUGUCCGCCUGUCAUGGCGCUGUGAUGGGGAGAAUGACUGUGCAGACAACAGCGAUGAAGAGAACUGUGAGAACACAGGAAAUCCCCAGUGUGCCCUUGACCAAUUCCUGUGUUGGAAUGGGCGCUGCAUUGGGCAAAGGAAGCUGUGCAAUGGGGUCAAUGACUGUGGUGACAGCAGUGAUGAAAACCCACAGCAGAACUGCCGACCCCGGAUGGGUGAGGAGAACUGCAAUGUGAACAAUGGUGGCUGCACCCAGAAGUGCCAGAUGGUACGGGGGACAGUGCAGUGUACCUGCCACACAGGCUACCGACUCACAGAGGAUGGGCAUAUGUGCCAUGAUGUGAAUGAAUGUGCUGAGGAGGGGUAUUGCAGUCAGGGCUGUACCAACACCGAAGGGGCUUUCCAGUGCUGGUGUGAAGCAGGCUAUGAACUCCGGCCCGACCGGCGCAGCUGCAAGGCUCUGGGGCCGGAGCCUGUGCUACUGUUCGCCAAUCGCAUCGACAUCCGGCAGGUGCUGCCGCACCGCUCUGAGUACACACUGCUGCUCAACAACCUGGAGAACGCCAUUGCCCUUGAUUUCCACCACCGGCGCAAGCUUGUCUUCUGGUCAGAUGUCACCCUGGACCGGAUCCUCCGUGCCAACCUCAAUGGCAGUAACGUAGAGGAGGUUGUGUCUACAGGGCUUGAGAGCCCAGGGGGCCUGGCUGUGGAUUGGGUCCAUGACAAACUCUUCUGGACCGACUCAGGGACAUCAAGGAUUGAGGUGGCCAACCUGGAUGGAGCUCACCGGAAGGUGCUGCUAUGGCAGAACCUCGAGAAGCCCCGAGCCAUUGCCUUGCACCCCAUGGAGGGUACUAUUUAUUGGACAGACUGGGGCAACACUCCUCGCAUCGAGGCCUCCAGCAUGGAUGGCUCUGGACGCCGCAUCAUCGCUGAUACACAUCUCUUCUGGCCCAACGGCCUUACCAUUGACUAUGCCGGGCGUCGUAUGUACUGGGUGGAUGCUAAGCACCAUGUCAUUGAGAGGGCCAAUCUGGAUGGGAGUCACCGCAAGGCUGUCAUUAGCCAGGGCCUCCCACAUCCUUUUGCCAUCACAGUGUUUGAAGACAGCUUAUACUGGACAGACUGGCAUACCAAGAGCAUCAAUAGUGCUAACAAAUUUACUGGCAAGAACCAGGAGAUCAUUCGCAACAAACUCCACUUCCCCAUGGACAUCCAUACCUUGCACCCACAACGCCAGCCUGCAGGGAAAAACCGCUGUGGGGACAACAAUGGAGGCUGCACCCACCUGUGUCUGCCCAGUGGCCAGAACUACACCUGUGCCUGUCCCACUGGCUUCCGCAAGAUCAGCAGCCAUGCCUGUGCUCAGAGUCUUGACAAGUUCCUGCUUUUUGCCCGAAGGAUGGACAUCCGUCGGAUCAGCUUUGACACAGAGGACCUGUCUGACGAUGUCAUCCCACUGGCUGACGUGCGCAGUGCUGUGGCCCUUGACUGGGACUCCCGGGAUGACUACGUGUACUGGACAGAUGUCAGCACUGACACCAUCAGCAGGGCCAAGUGGGAUGGAACAGGACAGGAGGUGGUAGUGGAUACCAGUUUGGAGAGCCCAGCAGGCUUGGCCAUUGAUUGGAUCACCAACAAGCUGUAUUGGACAGAUGCAGGUACGGAUCGGAUUGAAGUGGCCAACACAGAUGGCAGCAUGAGGACAGUACUCCUCUGGGAAAACCUUGAUCGUCCUCGGGACAUUGUGGUGGAACCCAUGGGCGGGUACAUGUAUUGGACUGACUGGGGUGCAAGCCCCAAGAUUGAACGAGCUGGUAUGGAUGCCUCGGGUCGCCAGAUCAUCAUCUCUUCCAAUCUGACCUGGCCUAAUGGAUUAGCUAUUGACUACGGGUCCCAGAGGCUUUACUGGGCUGAUGCUGGCAUGAAGACAAUUGAAUUUGCUGGGCUGGAUGGCAGCAAGAGGAAGGUGCUGAUUGGAAGCCAGCUACCUCACCCAUUUGGGCUAACCCUGUAUGGAGAGCACAUCUAUUGGACUGACUGGCAGACCAAGAGUAUACAGAGUGCUGACCGGCUGACAGGGCUGGACCGGGAAACCCUACAGGAGAAUUUGGAGAAUCUUAUGGACAUCCAUGUCUUCCACCGACAGCGGCCCCCAAUGUCCACACCAUGUGCCUUGGAGAAUGGUGGCUGCAGCCAUCUGUGUCUUCGGUCCCCAAAUCCAAGUGGCUUCAGCUGUACCUGCCCUACAGGUAUCAACCUGAUGACUGAUGGCAAGACAUGUUCACCAGGCAUGAAUAGUUUCCUCAUCUUCGCCAGGAGGAUAGAUAUACGCAUGGUCUCCUUGGACAUCCCUUAUUUCGCCGAUGUGGUGGUACCUAUCAAUAUCACCAUGAAGAACACCAUUGCCAUUGGUGUGGAUCCCUGGGAAGGAAAAGUGUACUGGUCAGACAGCACACUGCAUAGGAUCAGCUGUGCCUAUCUGGAUGGCUCACAGCAUGAGGACGUCAUCACCACAGGGCUGCAGACCACAGAUGGGCUUGCAGUGGAUGCCAUUGGCCGGAAAGUGUACUGGACAGACACUGGAACCAACCGGAUUGAAGUGGGCAACCUGGAUGGUUCCAUGCGGAAAGUGUUGGUGUGGCAGAACCUUGACAGCCCCCGGGCCAUUGUACUGUAUCACGAGAUGGGGUUCAUGUACUGGACAGACUGGGGGGAGAACGCCAAGUUAGAGAGAUCUGGAAUGGAUGGCUCAGAUCGGAGCGUGCUCAUAAACAACAACCUGGGAUGGCCCAAUGGACUGACUGUGGACAAGGCCAACUCCCAAUUGCUCUGGGCUGAUGCACACACCGAGCGAAUUGAGGCUGCCGACCUGAAUGGUGCCAAUCGUCAUACGCUGGUGUCACCUGUGCAGCACCCUUAUGGCCUCACCCUGCUCAAAUCCUAUAUCUACUGGACUGACUGGCAGACCCGUAGCAUCCACCGUGCCGACAAGAGUACGGGCAGCAAUGUCAUCCUGGUGAGGUCCAACCUGCCAGGUCUCAUGGACAUCCAGGCUGUGGACCGGGCACAGCCACUGGGUUUUAACAAGUGUGGCUCGAGAAACGGUGGCUGUUCCCACCUCUGCUUGCCACGGCCCUCUGGCUUCUCCUGUGCCUGCCCUACUGGCAUCCAGCUGAAGGGAGAUGGGAAGACCUGCGAUCCCUCUCCUGAGACCUAUCUGCUCUUCUCCAGCCGAGGCUCCAUCCGGCGAAUCUCCCUGGACACCAGCGACCACACAGAUGUGCACGUACCUGUUCCUGAGCUCAACAAUGUUAUCUCCCUAGACUAUGACAGUGUGGAUGGAAAGGUGUAUUACACGGACGUGUUCCUGGAUGUUAUCAGGCGAGCAGACCUGAAUGGCAGCAAUAUGGAGACAGUGAUUGGGCGUGGGCUGAAGACCACUGAUGGGCUGGCAGUGGACUGGGUGGCCAGGAAUCUGUAUUGGACAGACACAGGCCGAAAUACCAUUGAAGCAUCAAGGCUCGAUGGUUCCUGCCGCAAAGUGCUGAUCAACAACAGCCUGGAUGAGCCUCGGGCCAUUGCUGUUUUCCCCAGGAAGGGGUACCUCUUCUGGACAGAUUGGGGCCACGUUGCCAAGAUUGAGCGGGCGAAUUUGGACGGCUCUGAACGGAAGGUCCUCAUCAACACAGACCUGGGUUGGCCCAAUGGCCUUACCCUGGACUAUGAUACUCGCAGGAUCUACUGGGUAGAUGCACAUCUGGACCGGAUUGAGAGCGCUGACCUCAAUGGGAAGCUACGGCAGGUCUUGGUCAGCCACGUAUCCCACCCCUUUGCUCUCACUCAGCAGGACAGGUGGAUCUACUGGACAGACUGGCAGACCAAGUCGGUCCAGCGUGUUGACAAGUACUCUGGCCGGAGCAAAGAGACAGUAUUGGCAAACGUGGAAGGACUCAUGGAUAUCAUCGUGGUUUCCCCUCAACGACAGACAGGGACAAAUGCCUGUGGCGUGAACAAUGGUGGCUGCACCCACCUCUGCUUUGCUAGAGCCUCGGACUUUGUGUGUGCCUGUCCUGAUGAGCCUGAUGGCCGACCCUGCUCCCUUGUACCUGGCCUGGUGCCCCCAGUUCCCAAGGCUACCAGCAUGAAUGAACGGAACCCACUGCUCCGAAACACAUUACCUACCACCUUGCGUUCUUCUACCACCAGAACACACACAUCUCUGGAGGAACUGGAAGGAAGAUGCUCCGAAAAUGAUGCCCAGCUCGGCCUCUGUGCACCUUCCAAUGAGGCCAUACCUGCUGCUCCAGGGGAAGGACUUCAUGUCAGCUAUGUCAUCGGUGGACUCCUUAGUGUUCUGCUGAUUUUGGUGGUGAUUGCAGCUUUGAUGCUGUACAGACACAAAAAAUCUAAGUUAACUGAUCCUGGAAUGGGGAACCUGACCUACAGCAACCCCUCCUACCGAACUUCCACUCAGGAAGUGAAAAUUGAAGCAAUCCCAAAACCAGCCAUGUACAAUCAACUGUGCUAUAGGAAAGAGGGUGGGCCUGACCGUAACCACACUAAGGAGAAGAUCAAGAUUGUAGAGGGAAUCUGCCUCCUGUCUGGGGAUGAUGUUGAGUGGGAUGACCUGAAGCAGCUGCGCAGCUCACGGGGGGGCCUUCUUCGGGAUCAUGUGUGCAUGAAGACAGACACAGUAUCCAUCCAGGCCAGCUCCGGCUCCCUGGACGACACAGAGAUGGAGCAGCUGUUGCAGGAAGAGCAGUCUGAGUGUAGCAGUGUCCAUACCACAGCCACUCCUGAAAGACGAGGCUCUCUGCCAGACACGGGCUGGAAACAUGAACACAAGCUCUCCUCAGAGAGCCAGGUCUAAAUGCCCAUGUUCCCUUCCUUCCCUGCCCAUUCCUUCUCCUUUAUGGACUUCCAGUCCUUGUGCUCAUUUAUAUAACGGGCCCCCUUCCUAUGUGCUCAUACUUCUCCUCCUCCUCCCAUCCCAUAACUGCUCCCAAGUCCCCCAUGGGAGCUAUGUCCUCCUGAGUCCAUAACUACCUGUGCAUGAGAAAUGGUGAUGCAUCCCAUGAAUUUAGACCUGGAUUACCAUGAACCUCAUCUCUUGCGCUCCAUCCUGAGCCCCUGAAACUAGGCUCAGUAAUGACUCCUCAUCAGUACAGAGCUCCACCUCCCCUUCCCCUGGUACCCUCAGUGCCUGCCCCCCCAAGAGUUGAUGAUUUAAGACUGCACUCUCCCUCAUCCAAGCUGGUCUGACCACUUAUCUGAGAGAACUUGUCCACUGGGGACUGGGGCAGGGAGUCAAGGGUAAAGAGAGAUGAAGGAUAGAGGCUGAGAGGAGAAGGAAGAGUCAGCCCAGCUGGGAUGGGCAUCUGGGAAAACUCCAGCCUCAAGUGUGUUAGCAAUAUAAAAAAGCUUUUAGGGGUGUCUAUUGCUGGCAAUGGAUGUUGUUCUCAUCCUAAGAGUCACUUUUUUUCAGCUGCGGAUGCUGAGAUCUGGGUGUGGCUCAAGCUGUUCUUCUGAAAGUCUGGAACCUUGGCUACCUUCAGAUGGCUGAAGGUCCCUAUCUCACGGCAGCUGGCUAAUACAAAUUCCCUCCUAAGUAACCAGGUUGUGAGCCAAUGGCUUAAGUGAAUGUGGGGCCCCGAGGGCUGAGUCUCUGCAAUGUCUAAACAGUGCUGCCAAGACCAAGGAUAGCAUAUCACCUGAACUGUAAUGUUCUGCCUCUCUCUCCCUCCUCAUUCUCUGGGAUUCUGAGUGUAGAGAUCCUGAAACAACUUUUCAAAGAAGGGUCAGGAGUUUUCAUAAAUGAUCAGGAAGGGCAAUUGGGUUAGAAACUUGGGACAACUAGGGCCUAAAAGGAAGUAUUCAUGAGGUUGAACCUCCUGUGUUCUCUCUCAAGUGCUUAGGGAUCUAAGUUAGUGGACAGAGAGCCUGUGGCUCUGCAGUGUUGGAGUACCCAUUCCAACUCUCUUCCCAGCUAAGUGACACUUUCCAUGCUGAGCUGACAUCACUGGGUUCGUGCCCAUUCGCACAAAGGGCAUGACUCAUGCUAGUGUCAGGGGAGUUGAGACUUUUUGCUGUCUGAAAACUUGUACCUAGCUCUCCUUCUCUUACUUUAUUUUUAUGUUUUUUAUUUUUUUGGUCUAAUUUGCUUUCUCUGACAUGGCCUUGUGGCACCUGGAGCGCUAAAUCAAGAUGCAAAGUCAAGGCAAGAAAUGGAAAGGCAGAGCCACUGAUGGAGCCUUCCUAGCCCAAGACAGAUCCGGACCUCUUCUACCCAGGAGUUAGAAAUGACAGGAGAAGACAACAGGGACUAAGAAUGCUAGUGAGGACUUCUAGGGGAAGGUUGCUGAUUUGCAACGUCUCCUGGUUUUGAGAAAUCAGCUGCCAAACAUGACUGAAAAAGGAGGAUAAGACCACCCCUUUUCUAGUUAGUUCUCAGACUGCUAGAGACAGGUGCCAAGCCCUUAGCCCUGCUCUCAAUAGCCAGCCCAAAGUCUGGGCCCACACAGGACGGCCAGGCCAAGAUGGCUUUUCUAGUACAUGAAGUGGGAAAGGUGGGGUGUGACUCCUAGGAUGAAAGGACAUUCCACACUUGUCGGGGCAAUAAGGGAAGGAGCCCUGUGGGUUCUCAGACCCACAGCUGGUGGUGGGGAGAAAAGUGACAUUUUCUUGAUUGCAAAGGGGGCAGGAUCUUAUUGCACUUGAGCUGUUCAGAAUGUAGAAAGGACAUAAUUGGAGAACUCUCUAUUUGAGCACUGAUUUACUAUGUAAAAAGCAAAAUCUCUCUGUUCUAAACUAAUGGAAAUGAUUCUCCUGCAGUCAUGUGUAAUGGUUUUAAUGUUACUGGAGAGACUGGGCUUUCUGGAAUUAUUUAACCACUAUGUUCAGUAUUUUAGGAUUUUAUGAUAAUUUAAUAUAAAUUUAGCUUUUCUUAAUCACCUGGCCUGGCUUAGAGUCAUGACUAAUAACUGCACCUGCUUUGUCUGGCAGACCCAUGCUUUGGAAACCAACCUUCUUGCAGACAUCACCUCAAAGUUCUUUGGGGAUAUGGGGACAGUGAUAAGCAAUAAAAGAUUCAAAGUUCCUGGCUAGAGGUUCAGCUCAUCUUGAGAAGACAGUUCACUGGCUUAUGAAAUCUUUAUUUCAUCUGGAGGAGGGAUAGCAGAUAGACUUCAAACUGAGUGCCAACUCUGAUUGGCUAGUGGUGGGUCCCUGAGGACCUGUCUAGAUUCAGUGGGAAAAGUGUCAUGAUCAUUAAUGAUAUCUCCUUUGGGCAUCAGAAAGAAGUGUCAUGCAUGUAUUCUAUGUAUCUUCUAUUUCGGUUCUAGGUCUAUGAGGACUGCAUUGUUACAGAACUCCACUUUGCCUUGCAGUGGUGGUCACUGUCAAAACUGUCUGAUGUACUAAAACAAUGCUUGAAUGGGGACAAGGAGGGCUAAUUCCAGUCUCAGAUCUGUCAUUAGCUCUGUUUGGUCUUAGUCAAGUUUCAUAGUUAUUCUGAGAAUGGAUCAAAUGAAUAUUAAGAUUCCUUUUAUUUUUAAGCAGCUGUCUUUUCAUAGCUCAUCCACUAGGUCUCAAGGCUAGAACAGGGAGUUGGGGAUCCCUUAUUAGGUUCUUUGGACAUGAUAGCUCUCAAGGAAGGUUGGGAAUCAUGCAAGUCUCAAUACCCUAUAUAGAAUUUGAUAUCAAAGCUCAAUAGUUGAUUUUCUAAACCACAAACCAUGUACAGAGUCCUCCCAUUCAUUCCUUCAUUUAUUCAUCUUCUACUAUAGGCCAAGCACUGCCCAAGCCUGACAGAGUUUAGAGUCCAGAAAAAAAAAAGAAGAAAGAAGGAAAAAAGAAGAAGAAAAAAGCAAGAAAGACUGAAGCCUCUUAUAUUUAUAUAACAAGCUAUCUGAGUGUAAUCUAUAGUGUAUAAUUCUUGCAGCUUUGGUGAGGGAUAGGUUUGCUAAAACAAAAACAAGAAUAGCUCAAGGACAACCAUCCCUCACUUCGCCAUUCUUUUUUGAAAAAACUCACAACCAAGAGUAAAGGAGGACAUUUUAAGCAAUGAAAUCCAGCUUAAAGCAUAAGCCUCUAUACCUGUAGGAUUUGACCCCUCCCAAAGCUUUAGGGUUACAGGCCAGGCCAUGAGUAGUAACCAUUAGAACUAGGCACUCAGGAAGAACUUUUCAAAUGGGAAGAAAAAAAUGAAUGCAUUGAGCACAUACCAUUUACUUGAAAAAUGAUGUUUCUGGGAGAACAAAGUUUGGUGAAUCCAUUUUGACAUGUGACAAUGUCAGCCCAUUUAAUCAGGCAUUAGAAGUCCCACUAACCUGUGACUGUCCAGUCAUGUCAGCAGGAAAUGGGAAAGUAAAAUGGAACUGGGCCUCAUGGCCAAGGUCUCAAUAAGAAUUUGGCUGACAGCAAAUGAGACUCUAGCAACAGCGUCAAGGACUAGCACUCUGUUCUCAGGUAAUGCAAAUGCCAUGGCUUUCAGUUUCCUGAUCAGUAAAAUCCCCAGAUGAUUGUACGGUCAUUUCUAGCCUGAAACUUGUUUUUGUUCCUUCCAAGAAAUCUUGGGGAUGAAAUAAGAGUUGAGCAUUUCUUGUCUGGUUCUCUGGAUAUAAAACCUGCAACUAAGUAGGGAGAUGGUUGUUCAAAUUGUAGCAAACUGGACAUAUUUUGGCAUAUUAAUUAUGUUCAAAAUAUAGUAACUGCCUUUUUUUUAUAUUGCAUGAACAGACUAUGGAACCUAAGAUAAAAAGAUAUCUGUGGCCUAUAGGGAGGUCUAUGGGCUGAAUUAAAUCUGUCACCAAACCUAGGCCUGCAAAAAUGAGGAACUCCAUGUGACAUAGGCAUUUAGAAAAAGCAUCAAGAGCUGAGGGUGUACCAGGUUCUAAGUGUAAUGUGCUGACAUUCAGCAGUGUCCAGUAAGCUUUAGUUAUUUCUACUGUGGACAUAAUGAUUUUUUAAAAUGUGGUGGAGUCCUUUUGAUGGCAAGAAACAGUCUUUAAGUAUCUUUUCUACAUAUGUGAAGAUGAUUCAACUGAUCCGCUUAAUAAGUUGUGUGUUUGGAGAUGUUUCAGGCAUCCUUUAUUUUGAAACACUCUCUUACCCAUUUAUUUUCUCUCUAGGUCAUUCUCCCAUUAACCAGCUGGCAGAAUCCAAGCAAAGCUCAGCACAGGAAACAGUUUAAUUUCCAGUCAGGCUCCAACUCACAACUUUGGACUACUUGACAUGAUGUUCAAACAGAACCAGACAGCCUAAUUAAGGGUCUGAGUUUAAAUCCAAGGCUGAAAUUAGCCCGAGGCUACAAAAUCUGCUUAUUUGAUUUUACAAGACACAAAGAGCCAAGAACCUUUACUUAUCUUUCCCUUGUCAGUGGUUCUUCCUCCAGCCCCUUAAAGUCCAUUGACAGCCUGCUAAAGAAAUCCCUGUCUCUCCCUUCUGUCUCCUUCCUCUUUGAUGGGGCUGUUUCUGUGGUCAUAGUUCGUGGACAGUCUGUAUUUUAAGGGCUGUUGGAAAGGGUUAUUCAUUCCUUCAUUCAACCAGUACCUAUUAAAUGCAACCAAGUGCAAGCUGGAAUAGGUUUGCAGUCUCAGAGGCCAGUCCAGGCACUAAAAUCCACAGUCACUUGAGGUCUGUGUUAAUGCCACUACCGCUACCUCCAGGGAGUAAUGCAGGGACUACCUGGCCUGAAAAUUGGAAGGAAGUUAAUCAUUGAAACUGCCCUUUAGCUGGAAAUAUGGAUCCAUGUCCCACGGUAGAGAUGCUUCAACAAGAAUGAAGCUUGUGAUUAUGAUGGAAUGAGUGCUAUUCCAACCCUAGCAGGCUUUUCAGAAAUGUUUAGUACAGUCAUUCAGCAGCCACAAUGUUUGGCAUUUGUUUCCUGUUUCUGUUUACAGUAAUACAGUGUUCAUAUUGAUCUCUAAUGUCUGCAAGGGUUUUGCUACCCUAUUCUUAUGCAGAACUAUCGAGAGGCCCCUGCAAUAAAGUAAGCACACAUUAUUCUAAUAAACAGAAAGAUAAAUGCUAAUUGAUGAUAAUCCUGGAUUGCAAAAGAUGACUGGCCGAACAUUUACUAAAUAACUACUAUGGGCAAGAUAUGGCAUUAGGUUUCUACAAGGCCCUACAGGAUCUGCCACUCCCUUUCCUCCUCCAACUAUCAGACCUUGUCUCUUACUGCCCUCCUCCUGCCAACUACUUUGCUCCAGCUAUACUGGCCUCUUUGUUUCUCAAACCUGCCAGGCAUGCCCCCAAUUUAGGGUUUUUGUCUCUGGUUGGCACUUUCUUCCUCUAGAUAUAUUCUGGCUAACUCCUUUGCCUUCUUUAAAUCUUUCUCAAGUGUAAUCUCUAUGAAACCUGUUCUGACCACCCUUUAUAAAACUACAUUGUUUCCAACUCUACUUCCCAAUCCCUUUUAUCAUUUUAUUCUUUUUUUCCCAUUGCACAUACUGUCUGAUAUACUAUAUAAUUUAUUUAUGUGUUGAUUGUCUGUUUUCUCACUCUAAUGUGAGUCCCAUAAAAGAAUGAAUUUUUGUUGUUGUCUAUUUUGUUCACUGAUUAGCCCAAGUGCUAGAACAGUCCCUGUACAUACUAGGUGCUCAAUAAAUAUUUGUUGAAUGAAUGGAACUCUAAUGCCCAUUUUCUAGUAGGGCUGCACCUAAAUCCUGUAAGACAAAGAGCAAUUUUGCCUUCUUGUUUUAAAACUCUCCAGAUACCACACAUCCUUUAUUGAGCAAUUUCAGGUUUCCAUCAUCUACUUAUAUGUAAUCUUCAGUUUAUUUUCAGUAAUAUUUAAAUAAAGUAAGUAUGCCAAUGA